AUAAAAAAUGUGAGAUCGUUGUUGCCAGGCUAAAUACAAAUGUCGAAUUUUUGGUUUGCCGGAAACAAAUUGUGAGCAGAUGCAUCUCCUGUAAGGAUCAGGAUAAAAUGACAUAAAAAAGUACGUCAGCGUCGACACCUUCCUCUCAUCAGUUGACCUCCUCUCAUUUUCUUUCUGUUGUCAAAACACCACCAUGGCCAUCACCCGUUCUUCUUCUUGUACUUCUACUACCACCCUGUGUCUCUCUUGGAUGAUACUGGCCACCGUUAUUCCUCGACUGCUUGGUUUCUCAGUACAUGUAGUUCCAUCCAACAAUCUUAUUGGAAGGUCUGUCUACAAGAAUGCAGCCAAUUUUGGUUUCUACCACAAACACAACUGCAAUCAUCAUAAAUGGUCCCGUCGUCGAUGGAUGAGUGCUUCCACGGAUCUUUCCGAAACGGAAAAAGUAGAAUUGGAAGAACAAAUCAAAGCCAAGGGUGACGAAAUUCGGGCUCUCAAAGCGGACGGUGCCGAAAAAUCGGCCGUGGCGCCGUUGGUUCAAGAACUCUUGGCUCUCAAGGCAAAGUUAGUAGAUCCAUCAUCCAUUGGCGGCGAACCCAAGAAAAAGAAACAAAAAACGGCUGCAACCAAACAGCAAAAGCCUAGUCCAGUAAAAGUCAACGACGACGACGACGACAAGGGCUUUGUGACACCCCGCGCCACGGACUAUUCCAAAUGGUACAAUGAUCUGAUUCGAGUCGCCGGAUUGGCCGAAACCAGUCCCGUGCGUGGGUGCAUGGUGAUCAAACCGUGGGGCAUGUCCUUGUGGGAUCGCGUCCGCAACGAAUUGGAUGCGAAAAUUCAAGACCAUGGUGCGGAAAAUGCCUAUUUUCCACUCCUCAUUCCCAAAUCGUUUUUAUCGAAAGAAGCCGAACACGUCGAUGGAUUUGCCAAGGAAUGUGCCGUCGUGACGCAUCAUCGAUUGACAGCGUCGGAAGAUGGCACGGAAUUGAUUGCCGAUCCCACCGCCAAAUUGGAAGAUCCACUCAUUAUUCGACCCACGUCGGAAACUAUGAUUUGGUACAUGUUUCGAAAAUGGAUUACCAGUCAUCGUGACUUACCACUCAAAGUCAAUCAAUGGGCCAACGUGAUGCGAUGGGAAAUGCGCACACGACCGUUUCUACGAACGUCGGAAUUCCUAUGGCAAGAAGGACACACGGCCCAUGCGACAGCCGAAAGUGCCGAUGACGAUGCCCGUACCAUGAUGGAAAACUAUGCCACGCUCUGUGAGCAAUUGUUGGCCAUGCCCGUCGUACGAGGUGUCAAGAGUCCGUCGGAACGAUUUGCCGGUGCCGAAGAAACCUACACCAUUGAAGCUCUCAUGCAAAAUGGAUGGGCACUGCAAUCGGGAACGUCGCAUUAUCUCGGGCAGAGUUUCGGUAAAGCAUUUGAUGUUACCUUUCAGGAUGCCGAAGGGCAACUCCAGGAUGUUUAUGGAACAUCCUGGGGUGUUUCCACGAGAUUGAUUGGUGCCUUGAUCAUGUCGCACUCGGAUGAUGAUGGGUUGGUGCUGCCGCCUCGUGUGGCGCCGACGCAAGUCGUGAUUGUGCCAAUUCCACCCAAAAAGAAUAAUCAAGAAGCCAAGGAAAGUAUGGAGGUGGCAUUGGACAAGCUGGUGAGUGAUUUGAAGAGUGCGGGACUUCGAGUCAAAGUCGAUGACAGAGAUUACGUGCGAAACGGUGCCAAAUACUUUGAAUGGGAGCGCAAGGGUGUACCACUUCGUAUAGAACUUGGACCACGGGAUGUGAAACAGAAUGUGUGCAUUUUCAAAUACCGAGCGGGUGACGGGUCGGAUGGGAAACAAUCGGUGGAUCUGGCACAAGCCGCCGACAGUGCCGUUGCCGGCUUGGAUGCGAUGCAAGCCAGUCUCCUGGCAGCGGCCCAGGAUCGUUUGGCAGACGGUAUCCGAACGGAUGCCACCUAUGACGAAAUGAAGUCCUUGCUGGAAGCGGAUGAAGCCACCCAGUAUCCUGGACAGGGACUCUUCUUGGUUCCAUGGAAGUGCGAUGCUGCCAAUGAGGACAAAAUCAAAGAGGAAUGCAAGGCAACAAUUCGCUGCUACCCGUUGAAAGAAAACAGUGAAGGGUUACACGAAGGCAAAAAGUGUUUCUUCAGUGGUGAAGAUGCUACACACAUGGCCUUGUUUGGAAGAGCGUUUUAGAAUGCAUUGGAUUUAUUUGAUCCAGCAAGCCCAACGACGACAACUCUGCACCCAGAUCUCGUGUACGGUAUGUAGACCAGUCGGCCAUAGAUUCUGCAAAGGACCGGUGGCCGCAUUACGUAGCUAAGUUUGAAUGAAGAUUCAUUUCGUUACGCAUAGUCGCCCUGCUUUGCGCGGCCCACUUUCCAGUGCACAGGGCUAAGCGAUCCUUGUUCCGCAAGAUCAACAGUAGCUAUGCGCUACUUGUGCCACCGUUCCUUUCGGCUUGUC